AUGUGGACAGGGCAUUGGUGGCAUGCAGUCCAGGACAGACUUCCGGAAGGAGCAUCUGUAGCUCCUGUAAUUAUCGCCACCGACAAAACUCAGCUCACAAGAUUUUCUGCAUCCAAAUCAGCAUACCUGGUCUAUCUGAUGCUGGGCAAUAUACCCAGAGCAAUACAUUGCAAAUCCAGUCAGCAUGCCUGUAUUCUAAUAGGGGUACAACGUCUCUUCCAUGACUCCAUCCAAAUUAUUUUGGAACUGCUGAAAGAUGCAGGAAGAAGAGGAAUAGAGGUGGUGGGUGGAGAUGGUCUUGUGCACCUGGUCUUUCCCAUUCUAGCUUGCUACGUGGUGGAUUAUCCUGAGCAAUGCUUGGUUACCUGUACCAAGUAUGGUACUUGUCCCAAGUGUAGGGCUAGAGCAGAUGAAUUGGCUGAAAUACAAAGUUUUGCCAGACACACUCAACCUUGGACCUCAGCCAUCAUUGACCAUGCCAACAUCUCCACCAAGACUGACUCUGCCUUUUGUAAACAGUGCAUGUCUCAGGAUCAUAUGGUUGAGUGGUGUCAGGAGCUUAUGGAUGAAGAAGAAUUGGAUCAAAGACUUAGAACUCUCCCUCCUUGUUAUGGUGUCUAUCAAUUCUACAAGGGCUGGUCUGCUUUGGGUCAAGUCGGUGGAAAAGAGAGAAAACAUAUGGCUAGGGUGCUAUUGGCUUGCUUGAUUGGCAAGGUCUUACAAGAUUUUCACCUUCACAAGGAUGUCAUCAUUAAUCUGGGUAUCAGAGACCAUCUCAACAUUCCGAAAUUCCAUUCCCUGCAACACUACCUGGAAAAUAUAUGA